GCGGGCCGGCCCCCCCCGUCUCCUUCCCUCCCCGCCGGGCCGGCCUCGCUGGGUGCAAUGUUUUGCCGGAGCGCGGGCCGGGUCCUCCGGGCUCUGGCGCUGCUGCAGUUGCAGCCGCCCGCCCGGGCAGCGCCGCUCACGCCCCAGGGACAGGCCGCCUGCUACGGUACUUCAAUAACAUCUGCCAAAAUCCAAGUGAAUGGAGUCCACCUGCAUUAUCAGCAAACAGGAGAAGGAAGCCAUGCAGUUCUUCUGCUUCCAGGAAUGCUAGGAAGUGGUCAAACUGAUUUUGGACCGCAGCUUAAGUCUAUGAAUAAGCAACUUUUCACAGUUGUUGCUUGGGAUCCUCGGGGUUAUGGAAAAUCCAUUCCUCCAUCUCGAGACUUUCCUCCAGAUUUCUUUGAGAGGGAUGCAAAAGAUGCUGUGGAUCUUAUGCAGGCGCUGAAGUUUAAGAAGUUCUCCUUGCUGGGGUGGAGUGAUGGUGGAAUUACAGCUCUCAUUGCUGCUGCAAAGUACCCAAAUCUUAUCCAUAAGUUGGUUGUCUGGGGAGCAAAUGCCAGCGUUACUCAAGAGGAUGUGAGAAUUUACAAUGGCAUCCGAGAUGUUUCAAAAUGGAGUGAAAAGGUCAAGAAACCACUGGAAGAGCUGUAUGGACAUAAGUACUUUGCAGAAACCUGUGAGGCUUGGGUAGAUGGAAUAUCACGCUUUGCUGAAAGUUCAGAUGGUAAUAUCUGCCAACAGUUGCUGCCAGAUAUUAAAUGUCCCACAUUUAUAAUUCAUGGUGAGAAGGACCCUUUGGUCCCACAAGCUCAUGCAGAAUACAUUCAUAAGCACAUCAAAGGCUCUCGGUUGCUUCUGAUGCCAGAAGGAAAGCAUAAUUUACACCUGCGUUUUGCAAAGGACUUCAACAGAGAAGUGGAAAAUUUCCUACGCUGACAUGAACUGUAAAACAGGUCAGAGGUGCUUAGCCUUUGCCUUGUUUAGGAAUUUUGGUUGGAAUUUCCAUUUGCAAUGGAGUUAUAGGUAGGUUUGAGUCAUGUACGAAAAACAUUAAACAUAUGUGCAUGAGAAGCAUAUGUCUUAAGAACACAAGCCCCAGCAAUCAGAGCAUACCACUGUAGUGCAAGAUUUCUGACAUGUCUUUAAACUUACUUGUAGCCACCCAGGCUGAACAGCUGUUCCAUGUCCAGUAGAGGUGUUAAGAAAGACAGAAACCAUGACCUUAAAUACAUGCCUUUAUGUGCUCUUAAUAUUAAAGAACAAAAAACAU